AUGACAACAACAGAGAACACAACAACUGCUAUCGUUCAUGAAGAUAUAAAUGAAGAAUACGAGUGGGUUCAGUAUAACAAACAGUUACGUCUCAUUCGUUCGGUCAAAGAUGACAUGUACCAAAUGCAAAGUAUUUUGAAUGCUCUUCGUUCUACAAAGCAAGCACAUCAUUGGUUUGAAAACCAACAGACAAAAGAACUUUUAGAAGAAUUUCCUCAUAUGUUUGCGUUCCUCGAAAAACCGAGGAACGAGAUUCCAUACGAAAAUCGUAAAAAUUUGCCAAAUGGUUUGAGAGGCUGGUAUGUACAUAGACUUCUUGUAAAUGCUGUUGCAAUGUGGGCUUCGCCUCGUUAUGCUUGGUAUAUUUUCAUGAUGUUAGAUGAAAUUCAUAGACAAGAACGUGAAGAGCUAGAGAACAAGCUUGAAGCAAAAGAUGAAGUCAUUGAAGCAAAAGAUGAAGUCAUUGAAGCAAAAGACAAAAACAUACAGAAAAGAAUACCACGUUCGGUACCAAAAGGAAAAGAAAAGAACUAUAAGUAUAUGAUUUAUACUGAAGAGAUGGAAAAUGAAGAAGACAGAGAUAUGGUUAUGUUGCAUUUAGUCAGAAGAAACAACAAAAGCUUUUACGACCUUGCUAAGAUUUACAAAUCUGACAGAAAUUGGUUCUAUCGCGAAAACUUACCGAUUUCAAUGACCCCAAAUGAAGAUGUGAAACAAAUAGUUCAAGAUACGUUACCUCAAACACACUAUGAUAUUAAAGGUUGUACAAUACUUACCUUCAAAGAAGAUUUGCCAUUGUUAAAGGAAAAAAUAACAGAGUAUUUUGACAACUUCAAACAAGUAGAGUAA